CCGCCACCUCCUCCCAGAUCCCGGACCGCCGCCGCUGGCCAUGGAGGUGGCGCCGGAGCAGCCUCGCUGGAUGGCGCACCCCGCCGUGUUGAACGCGCAGCACCCAGACUCCCACCACCCAGGCCUGGCGCACAACUACAUGGAGCCAGCCCAGCUGCUGCCGCCAGACGAGGUGGACGUCUUCUUCAACCAUCUCGACUCCCAGGGGAACCCCUACUACGCCAACCCGGCCCACGCGCGGGCGCGCGUCUCCUACAGCCCCGCGCACGCUCGCCUGACCAGUGGCCAGAUGUGCCGGCCACACUUGUUGCACAGCCCUGGGUUGCCCUGGUUGGACGGGAGUAAAGCAGCCCUCUCUGCAGCAGCAGCCCACCACCACAACCCCUGGACCGUGAGCCCCUUCUCCAAGACGCCGCUGCACCCCUCAGCUGCCGGAGGCCCUGGAGGCCCCCUCUCUGUGUACCCAGGGGCCGGGAGUGCUAGCGGGGGAGGCAGCGGGAGCUCUGUGGCCUCCCUCACCCCCACGGCCGCCCACUCUGGCUCCCACCUCUUCGGCUUCCCGCCCACACCACCCAAAGAAGUGUCUCCCGACCCCAGCACCACUGGGGCUGCCUCCCCAGCCUCCUCCUCUGCAGGGGGCAGUGCAGCCCGGGGGGAGGACAAGGACGGCGUCAAGUACCAGGUGUCGCUGACUGAGAGCAUGAAGAUGGAAAGUGGCAGCCCCCUGCGCCCAGGCCUGGCUGCCAUGGGUACCCAGCCUGCCACACACCAUCCUAUCCCCACCUACCCCUCCUACGUGCCAGCCUCAGCCCACGACUACAGCAGUGGACUUUUCCACCCUGGAGGCUUCCUGGGUGGCCCUGCCUCCAGCUUCACCCCUAAGCAGCGCAGCAAGGCACGCUCCUGCUCAGAAGGCCGGGAGUGUGUCAACUGCGGGGCUACAGCCACCCCUCUCUGGCGGCGAGACGGCACCGGCCACUACCUGUGCAACGCGUGUGGCCUCUACCACAAGAUGAACGGGCAGAACCGGCCGCUCAUCAAGCCCAAGCGGAGACUGUCGGCCGCCAGGAGAGCGGGCACCUGUUGUGCAAAUUGCCAGACGACAACCACCACCUUAUGGCGCCGAAACGCCAACGGAGACCCUGUCUGCAACGCCUGUGGCCUCUACUACAAGCUGCACAAUGUGAACAGGCCGCUGACCAUGAAGAAGGAAGGGAUCCAGACUCGGAACCGGAAGAUGUCCAACAAGUCCAAGAAGAACAAGAAGGGGGCCGAGUGCUACGAGGAGCUGUCCAAGUGUAUGCAGGAGAAGUCGUCACCCUUCAGCGCGGCCGCCCUGGCCGGACACAUGGCGCCCGUGGGCCACCUGCCGCCCUUCAGCCACUCGGGACACAUCCUGCCCACCCCGACGCCCAUCCACCCCUCCUCCAGCCUCUCCUUUGGCCACCCCCACCCAUCCAGCAUGGUGACCGCCAUGGGCUAGGCACCGCCCCCUGCCGAACAGACAGAUGGACACUGAGGAGGGCGACCAGCAGCACUCCAGGAGGGGUGGACCAAACCCUUAGCUGCCUGCCCCUCCCCGAAGACUGAUGCCACCCCUGCAGCCCAGCCGGGGGCCCCCCCGAGCCCAGCGGGCUCUGCUCAGCCGGGGCAGACACUGUGAAGAGUCCUCCUGGGCUGGGAGGUGGCUUGGCCAGGCUGCUGCCCAGGUGGGGUCUCCAUCACGGACAGUUGUUUGGAGAGCAGAAAGGACAACUUUAUGAUGAGAAAAGAAGGGGGCAAGGAACAAACGAAACCAUUUUUAGAAGGAAAAGGGAGUAGGCAAAAAUAAUUUAUUUUGCUCUUGCUUCGAGGAGGACCGGGAGGGAGCCUGGGGAGGUCUGAGCUGCCCCGAGUUCUCUGGGUUCUUCCUCAGGGCCAAGGGCUGCUUGGCCCAUCCACCCGCCAGGCUCUGGGGCAGCUCGGCGGUGGGCCCCUCGGCCCAAACCUCUCUCCUGGCUUCCCUCCCUCAGACAGCUGACUCCCGGACAGGGCCGAACCAAGGCCAGAGGGCCCCGGGCUGGCCGGGCAGGCCGAGCCUGUGUGUGCCCUGCAGCUGGGCCCUGGAGGGCAGAGACAAUCAUGGGCGGUCCCGCGCAGAUUCCCAGGCCAGGGCUGGGUCACAGGAAGGAAACAAGAUUUUCUUGAGAGGGGAAACGUCUCCCAGUUCACUCCCCCCGGCUCUGAGGCCAAAGCUGUUGUGAUCCGUGUCCCCGUAACAGUCCGAGCCGCAGCCUGUCUCCUCGGCCAGUGGGCCUCUGUACAUAUGCCCUUUUCUGCUCGCCCUCCACACCCUCCCCUCCCACUCUGAAACAAAAGAAAAAAAUAUUAAAAAAAAAAAAACUGCAUAAGCUUAACUCGCUGACGAGUUAGUUGUUUUAUUUUUGAACUCAUUUUGGGUCCAGUCAAUUGUACAUUGCCACACAAGUCCUUGCUAUGGAAAGGAAUAAAACCUACAAACCAAGGCUGUAGCCUCGAAAUUAUUUUUGGAAUAGUCUUGGAUCCCACAGCCCUACAACGGGACGCUGAGGGCCAGGGGAGAGGCCUGGUGCUCUCGGCUUCAGGGGGGUGGGCCUGGUAGGCGGUGAAGACAGGAGUUGGGGGUGGCCAGAGCCAGGACCCAGGGGGAGGCCAUGACCCUGCCGGGGCCCCGGGAGGUGCCGGGUUCUGUGCUUUGUGGUGGCUUCUGGAUCCUUCCCAAGGUACAGCUGUACAUAACCGUGUCCGAGCUUAGAUUCUGUAUGCGGUGGUGGUGGGGCGCGGCGGCCCGAGGGGGCCCGGCCCAGGAAGAGGAUUGUGCUGAUGUAGUCGACCAAGUGCAAUAUGGGCAGGCCAUCGCUGCGGGGCACCACAGCCAGAAGUAACUUAUUUUGUACUAGUAUCCGCAUAAGAAGAAGAAUCGGCAGUAUUUUCUGUUUUUAUGUUUUAUUUUGCUUGUUUUA